GCUGGACAGGCGGGAACACUCGACUGAACGCCACUCAAAGAGGCGGACGCGACCUGGAGCACUCGACGGCACUCCGACUUCCAGGCUGGCUGUUUAUUUGUGUUGUGAAGGCCGCAACGGAACGCUAAACGAAGCACAGCCCGGCGAUCGUGAUCGUGGCGAAAUCAUAAUGAAGCUGCCACAGAUGGAGGCGCGUGGCAGGCACAAACCAAUUCCUUGGGUACUUGGGGCUGUUGUUGGUCAUGGAAAAUGACUUUGAACUUUAUUGUGCAGCCGGUUUUUCCCCAUAACAUUUUCCUGUUGGAUUGAUCGCGUAACUUAAUUCAUAAAUGCAAAAAUAAGAGAGAGCGAGACAGAGAGAGAGAGUAAGAGGUCAGACACUCACUUUUUUGGAGCUGGAGCCGGGUCUAGCCUGGCCAUUGUCCUAUUGGCCAUAUAAAAACGCGGCAAGCGACCCAACAGAGCCACAUUGCCACCAGUGCUGCAGUCGAGCAGUCGUCCAGGAAGCUUCAAGACCCCCCCCCUAAAAUGGCAAAGGUUUAUUUGCAAAUGCCGCUCAUUGCAGCAGCCGCCACCACCAUAUUGACGAUUGUCGGUGCCACAGCCAUGGCCCGGAGUCCGGCCAGCUAUGGGAACAAUGUGGCAUCAUUGUAUGACAACCGAUGGCACCGCCACGUGGCAGGAGAGCGUCGCAGCCAUCAGGGUGGCCGCGGCCUGACGGCAGUGCUUAAUGGGCUCACAAAUCUAUCGGGCCUGGGACACAUUAGCAACGGUUACGGUUCGGUGGCGCCCACCAAGCAGGAGACACCGAUAUACGAGGAGCACAAUGAGGAUGCCGCCGUGGCGGCUGUGGCAGCCACGGCCCAUGACCAGCACCAGCACCAGCACCAGUCUACUGUUUACAAUUAUCCAGCUGGUGGUGGUGGCGGAUUCCUGCCCGCUUAUGGGGGCUAUGGAUCAUGGGGAUUAUCAUCGCCGGAGGAACAGCAGCUGCAGGAACAACAACCGUAUGCGUACGAGAAAAUUUCAAUGGGAAAUUUCCUUCCACAUUAUGAGCAAAAUUCCGGCUAUGAUGGGCAUCAGCAGGAGCAGGUCUACCAGCAGCAGGAGCAGGUCUUUCAGCAGCAGGAGCAGGACUACCAGAAACAGGAGCAGCUCUACCAGCAGCGGCAGGAGGAGCUCUACCAGCAGCAGCGGCAGGUGCAACAGCAGCAGCACUCCACCUACUUUAGCCCCCACGGGGAGACAUCCGCCUCUGGCUCGGCAUCCUCGGCAACGAGCGGUUCGGCAGCCGAUGACUAUGAAGAGCAUCCCGGAGAUGGCCAGGAGCAGAGCUCCAACUACUUGGCCGAGUCGUCAAGCGGUCACGGUGGCCCGGGACACGGCCAUCACUCGCAUCAUGUGGACAUCAUCAACUAUGUGCCCGUAAAGCAUGUGAAGAAGCAGCAUGUGCCGGUGGAGAAACCCGUCAAGAUACCCAUUUCCCAUGCGGUGAUCAUACCCGUCCGUAAGCCCGUGCCCAUACACAUACCGAUCACCAAGACCAUCCAAGUGCCCGUCGAGAAGGAGCUGAAGGUGCCGGUGGAGCGGGUGGUGGGUGUGCCGGUGGAGAAGCACAUACCCGUGCCCGUCGAGAAGCAUGUGCCGUACGAGGUGAUCAAGUACGUGCCCAUCAAGGUGCCCAAGCCGUUUCCCGUCAAGGUGCCCGUCUUCAAGACAGUCCUGCACAAGGUUAAGAGCUGGUGGUAGAGUCUCUCUCUCUCUCUCAUUUUGGAUUCAGCGCACACGUUUAUUUUGUUAUAAUUAUAAGCACAUUAUGCAGCCACCCCCUCGUCGCCCCCCCUGCCUCUACAAGCAACCAAAGCGAAGCGAACAUCGUUAUGCAGUUUUCAGCAGAGCCGAGCACUGCAAUUCGUUUUCCAUUUUCAAUGCCGUUUUGAGUUUUAAAAUUCAUUUAAUCCUCGGUGAUGCGUUGUACAACAAUUUUGUGACUCAUUUAACAU